CCUAAGUAUUCAGAGAUCUUUCUCCAGAUCUCUUGUAGUGCUCCCCUAAGGCCCUUUCCCACUAUGUCCAGGGAUCUCUAGUCCUGGGCUAGAUCAAAAGGCAACCUGGGUUCCCCCACACAUAGGAGAAAGCGUUGGAGGGUCCCGCCCCGUGAUGUCACUCCACCCCCUACACACACACACACACACACACACACACACACACACACCGUCCCCUUCCUCCACCCCGCAAGCUAGUUGCAUUUAGCUCACGGGGCUCGGACCACGACUUGUAAGAGUUUGGGGGCCAAGAAAGAGAGUGGCUCUGGGGAUGCCAACGCUGGACAGCUGCCCCGGCGCCUAGGACCUCUGGGUGGGGAUGCUGCUGGGGGUCUAGGAAAGCGUUUCCAUCUCCUCUUGUCCUCAGCCCUGGCAGGGUGGUUUCCCAGCCCCCUCAGGACAUUCAUGGAUGGAUGAGAGCAGCUGACACUGACCUUCCACUCGUUACCACCUUCUCUUUGACCAUGGAGGAAGCCUUGUUGCCCCUGGCUGUGACAUCUGACCCCAGGCUCUUUAAUCAACAACUUCCAGAGCCUCCAGACCCAAGAUGCGUCUUGGAACCUCAGGACAGUCCUGAACUGGCACCCGCUCUGGUGUGUGCCCUUUGCUGCUGCUUUGGAAUCGUCUACUGCUGCUUUGGCUACCGCUGCUUCAAGGCAGUGAUGUUUCUCUCGGGCCUGCUGUCAGGAGCUCUGGUGAUCUUCCUGCUGUGCCACAAGGAGCGGGUGCUGGAGACACAGCUGAGCCUGGAGGUGAGCGCGGGCAUCGCGCUGGGCAUCGGACUCCUCUGCGGCCUUGUCACCAUGCUGGUUCGCAGUGUUGGGCUCUUCCUGACUGGUCUCCUGCUAGGACUGACCCUGGGCACCGGGGCCCUCCUGGGUACUGAGCCCAUCUACCAACCACCUUCAGCUUGGGUGCCUGCCGGGGGACUGGUGGGGCUGGCACUGCUGGGAGCCCUGCUCACACUUCGGUGGCCACGUCCAUUCACAGUUUUGGGCACAGCCCUGCUGGGUGCUGCAGUGCUGGUGGCCUGUGCUGACUACUUCCUGGAGGGGCUGGCACUGGGCAGUCGGCUGGGCCAACGCUUGCAGGCACUUCCAGCCUUGCCUCCUCUCUGCUGGUAUAGCUGGGUCUUACUGGGGACCUGGCCAGCCCUUGGGGCCCUUGGGGCCCUGGCCCAGUGGAAGCUCAUGGCUGAGGAACAUGGAGGCCACGCCAAUGCAGUGGUCUUGAGCCACCAGCGAAGGCAUCUCCAGCUCCUUCGGAUCCGUCAGCAAGAGGCCAAGUGGCACCGGACCCCAUCUGGGCUGGGACUUUGUGAGGGCAGCUAUCGACGCCAUCUUCCCCCCAACACCCGGAGCCCUGCUGACAGUCUGGCUCCAAGUUAUCUUCAGAGUCUUCGAGAACGCCAGCUGGGACCAGGCACACAGGCCACAGCCCCUCAGACCGUCCUAGACCUGGAUUCUGACUGUGGUUCCACUGUACCCCUCACCACACCCUGUAGUUCCACUCAGACCUGAGCCUAAACCUGAACUGAUGCCCCCAUCCCUAGUGAGAGACUAGGAGAGAGACUAGUGGCAAGGCCUGAGCCCACAGGGCCCAUAUGCAAAUUUCCCCACCUCUUGGACUUAGGGAAUAGAAUCUGUGUUCUAUCUCAAACCAGUCCUGUAGGAUAUGUUUAGGGAUAAAGAGGAAUUUUGUGGGGAGGGAGAAGAUGAGAAGUAUGAGUUCCUACCUCUGUCCACUAAUAGAGGUACCUUGGUUCCCAAAGAAACUGACUCCCUAGUUCCCUCCAAACCAAGGAGAGCCCUUAUCCAAAUAGGCAUUUAAAUGUCUGCCUCCAGUGUGCCUCACAAUGGUAAAUAAGGGGUUUGGUUUUGUAGGACCUACGGGAAACCAGGGAGUCUCCUGUGGCAUCUGAUGGGAAGUAGGGAAGAGGAGCUCCAGGAGCUCCUAACCCGCAAGCCCUUCUUUAGAGUCACCUGGGUUUCUGGGUGGCUUUUCCCCCUGGACACCUAGGCUUCAGCCCCUUCUUCCUACCUCACUAUCCUCCGUGGUGCCUCCUCUUCUCCCUUUCUCAACCUGGGGAGGAUCACAUGGCAGUGUCUGCCUCAAACCUGCCUUCUCCAAAAGCUGGCGUCUUGCCCUAAGGAGAAAACAUUGGCCCACAUGCCAGAGUCUUGCCCCUUUGCCCAAAGGAGCCUAGUCUUUGGGGCUGCGUGGGAGAUAAGUGCCUUCUCUGCCUCUCACUGUGGGUAAUAUUAAAUUGCCACGUUAACUAGAACUUUUUUCCCACCACUAACCCAUUCUAACUCUUACCCCCUCUGACUCUCCUGCCCAAGGUCUGUUCCAUGGGUCCCCAGACAGAUAAAAGAAGAUUUAUCUCUUCCCUGCACAGCAAGCCUGUGGUGGGAGGGAGGAAGAACUUGGGAACAUGUGAAUAAAAUGGCAUUAAAUACUGAA